UGUUCAGGUUUUAGCGUGGGGUUGCGUUCCCCAAUAGCAGUACAGCACACAAGAAGAGCCGACCGAGAAUCCAAGAGCCCAUCUGCGUUAGGUGAUCAGAACUGAGGAAAAAAAGACAAGGGAAGGAGAAGGAAACGAAGAGAAAGAAUCACUGGGACAGUUUCAGAGGCCUCUGUGAUCGCUCUUUCCUGGGUACAUAAGGCAAUCAGCUCCAGUUUCCGGGUCUUUCUAUGACGUAUUUCAUGCAUGGGAGCAGUUGUUUUGGAUGCUGUCUGAAGCCAAAACCAACUACUGCAUUGGAUGUGCCAUCAAAAGGGUCAGAAAUUCAUGAUCAUAAGUUGAAAAAACCAAGCAAAUCAGAAGAUUUCUGGAGCAGUAGCACAUUUGAUAUGGACAAUAGUGCGGCUCAGUCACAGGGGAGCAUCUCAUCAAUCAGUACCUCAAACCCGACUAUCGACCCUCAAGCUGGCAAUCCUGGGACACCUUCUGAAUUCGUUAAUCAUGGUCUUAUACUUUGGAAUCAGAAUAGACAGCGUUGGAGAAGUAACAAAAGGUCUGAGAAUCAGACGCAACAAGUUCAACCUAAAUUAAACUGGAGCGCUACAUAUGAUAACUUACUUGGAAGCGACAAGCCCUUCCCGCACCCUAUACCUCUCUCAGAAAUGGUGGAUUUUCUCGUGGAUACCUGGGAGCAGGAGGGACUCUAUGACUGAAGAAAUCAUGCAAGCUUCAAAGAUGUCUGGAGGUUCUAAAAUGCUCUUAUCGGCUGCUGUAAAAUACAUUCUUUGUUUGAAAAAGAAGUCACUAAUCGAGAAACGCUUUGUAUACUGACUGAGAAAUCACAUGGAAAUAGGACUCCGUAGUUUGUUGGCCUUUUGAGCUUUCCCUGUUCCUCAUUUUGAUUAAAUAGUGGGAAGCUGCCUACGCUGUUGGACGGGAAUUAAUUAAGUCUUUAAUUAUCUUGA